UCUCGUCCCCACCACCGACAUGAAGUGACAAGACUCUGCAGGGAAUCUGGUCCCCACCACAGACUUGACGGGACAAGGCUCUGCAGGGAAUCUCGUCCCCACCACAGACAUAAAGUGACAAGACUCUGCAGGGAAUCUCGUCCCCACCACCGACAUGAAGUGACAAGACUCUGCAGGGAAUCUCGUAAUAACCUAUGCAUUUUGGCUAUAAAUAUGUUCCCAAACUUGUUCAUUUUCUUCAUCACCUCUUAUACUAUCAUCAGAGCAACUUAGCAUCAGAGCAACUUUGUGUUUCAUCAUCAACAAACAUGUCUCUCCUAACUAUGGGUCAAGAGCACCGAGGCACCAUUGCAAACAUUGCGACCUAUGAUGUCACGAGAUUUAGGACCCGUGCUGGUAAGAUGAUUGCUCCUGACCCUUUGAUUGUGGACUACGUUAAACGUGCGGGAUUUGGUGAGGUAAUGAACUUAACACAUACCUCAGUUGAUAUGAAGUUUAUAUUAGCAUUGUGUGAGCGUUGGAGGCCUGAGACUCAUACUUUUCACCUUCCAAUGGGUGAAUGUACCGUCACUCUAGAGGACGUGUACAUGUUGUUGGGUCUCAGAACAAAUGGAAAGGCAGUGUAUGGAAAUGUCCAACAACCAAACGCCCUAUGCGUCGAAUUGUUGGGUGUGGAUUUAAUAGAGGGUGAGGGGCAACAAAGGGGUAGGGGCCAAGGUAUAAAGCUUGCUGGCCUUCAGGAAGCUUAUGUUGGGAUUCAAUUGGAUCAGUUUUCUGACGAAGAAACUAUACUGCGGAAAACUAGGAUGUAUAUUAUGUUGUUGUUUGGUAGGUUUCUAUUUCCCGAAGGCACGGGAAAUAGUGUUAAUUUUAUGUACUUGUGUUUACUUGGGGACAUUGAUGCAAUAAAGACAUAUAGCUGGGGUUCGGCUGUGUUGGCAUACCUAUAUAGUUCCUUAUGCAAAUGUGCAAAAAAGGAUGUUUGUACAUUUAGUGGAUGUGCAUUCUUGCUACAAACAUGGGCAUGGUUUGGGCCGAGUCGGACUGCUGCCAGGUGUGUGUACUAUGUGAUUCAGCAAAUGUAUAAAGAAGUUUGGACGACUUUUGGAGAUGUUACAAAUAAAGAUGCUUGGUUUAAUUGCUUUAAGGAAAAGUGUACGUGGGAUCCAAUGAGCGAGAAACUUGUUAAAAAAAAUUAUUUCAGCAGAACAUCAAAAAGACUUUCUGACACGUUGCGAAAUGUUAGAAAGCGUUGGAAACGUGAUGGUAGUCGUCCUGGGUGGUUGGGCCAAGAAGUUCUUGAAAAACUUAUUGCAUAUUGGAGUUCAAAGGAAUUUAAAGCUAAGUCUGAAAAUGCUAAAAAAAUGAGGGCAUUUGAAAAAGGAGGACACCUUAAUGCAGUUGGAAGUAUAAGCACUUACGAACAUUCUCGACGCAUGGCUAAAAGGUUGGGGAGACAACCACUCAUGAUCGAGUUGGUUAAAGAAACUAGGACAAAAAAAUCGGGUGAUUUAGUUGACGAGCGUACUCGAAAAGCUUUGGAGGAUUAUCAAACAAAGCUUGUGGAUUUUUUGGUCGCUAAUCCCAAAUAUACUCCUAGAGAAGGAGAGUCGCUUCAUCCAGAUGUUGAUUUUUAUAUUUGGAGUGAAGUCAUUGACGGAAAAGGGCCUAAUGGAUUUUUUUUGGUGCGGGAAAUUUGGCGGGAAGCUUGA